UGAUAUAUGUAUGGAUAGACAGUGAGCUUCUUCUGAUUAUACAAAACAUAACACCACAUCAAUGGCUUCCUCUGCUGCACCCUCCACUCUCACACUCUCAUACACCAUUCCCCAAGACUUCAAUUCCUCCUCAUCUCCUUCCCUUUGCUUUAAAUCCAAACCCCUUUUCUUCAAUUCACCAAAAACUUUCACUUCUCACCCUUUGAUUGUCAAGUGUAAAGACAGGAAAUUGAGCAACUGGGUUGCCGAAAAAAAGAGUUUUGUUGUGUCUGCUGUGGCUGAAGUUGAUGUGGAAGAAGUUUUGGAUGAUGGGGUGGUGGAAAAUGGGGCUUCUUCUGCUCCUGUUGCUAAGCCCAAGAAAGGGAAAGCUGCAUUGCUUCUCAAGAGAGAUAGGACUAGGUCUAAAAGAUUCUUGGAAAUUCAAAAGUUGAGGGAGACCAAGAAAGAAUAUGACAUGAAAACAGCAAUUACCUUUCUUAAAGAAAUGGCAAAAACAAAGUUUGUGGAGACUGCAGAAGCUCAUUUUCGGCUUAACAUUGACCCAAAGUAUAACGACCAACAGCUGAGAGCAACUGUAAAUUUGCCAAAGGGAACAGGACAGACCGUUAAAGUGGCUGUUCUGACUCAAGGUGAGAAGUUCGAUGAGGCAAAAAGUGCAGGAGCAGACUUGGUCGGUGGAGAAGACUUGAUACAACAAAUUAAAGAAGGAUUCAUGGACUUUGAUAAAUUGAUUGCUACACCGGAUAUGAUGCCUAAGGUUGCCAGUCUAGGAAAGAUUUUAGGACCUCGAGGACUUAUGCCAAAUCCAAAGGCUGGAACUGUUACAACAAACAUUCCUCAGGCUAUCAAUGAGUUUAAAAAGGGAAAGGUUGAAUACAGGGCGGAUAAAACUGGGAUAGUUCACUUGCCUUUCGGGAAGGCUAAUUUUUCAGAGGAAGAUCUUCUUGUAAACUUGCUUGCCGCAGUGAAAUCAGUAGAAUCGAACAAGCCCCCUGGUGCAAAAGGAGUAUACUGGAAAAGUGCACAUGUAUGUUCAUCGAUGGGGCCUUCCAUCAAAUUAAAUAUAAGGGACAUGCUUGAUUUCAAAUUGCCAACUGAUCUUUGAAGGAUGUAAGUAAAGUUUUAGUAUCCUCUGAAGUACACUUCCCUCUUUGGUCUCCGCGUAUGGAGAUUCUAGUUCUUAGAAGAUAGUACAGAGUUGAAGGGAGAGCCUUAAAUUGCCUGUUGUGGUAAAAUAGUUACUCAGAGAUCAUUCCACAAUCUUGUAUUACUGACUGACGCAUUUACGGUUAUAGAAAAUAUUAUAUAUUAUAUCUCAGGUGUCGAGAUUAUGUUUGUUGAAAUUUGCGACCUUAAAAAAUUCCUCCAUCUUGUGUUGAGAACAUUGACUUGAAUUAUGAGCUGAUAAUGAUAUAUAUCAUUUACUAGCUUUAUGUAUU